AUGACUUUCUCUAGAUACAUCCUUCCGGCCCUCGCCCUGGCGAGUUCAGUGUUGGCUCAGGGUGGUGGUAACGACGAUAUCUGCGAUGGUCCUUCAAUCACGAUCAAAACUAGCGCAGACGCUCAGCAAAUCGCCGAUUGCGAAACAUAUGAUGGAGAUGUUAUCAUCGACCCCAGCGCGUCAGGACAAAUUGCUCUCAACGGGGUUCAACAGAUCACCGGCGACUUGACCUGCAACAACGCAACUCAGCUGACUGCCAUUACCUCGGACCAGCUCAACACCAUCCAAGGAACGUUCACCUUGAACGGCCUGACCAUUCUCUCAACUCUGUCCUUUGCCUCCCUCACCGGUGUGGCCAAUAUCAACUGGGUCGGUCUCCCUGCGCUGCAGAGCCUUAACAUGGCCCAAGGUAUUCAGAGAGCGAACAAUGUCUACAUCUCGAACACCCAAUUGAACAACAUUAAUGGCAUCGAAUUGACAGCUGUCGGGAGUAUGAAUAUCAACAACAACCCCUACCUGACCGACGUAAACGUCAAUGAUUUGGCAAAUGUCACAAACUCUCUCUCAUUCUCUGCCAACGGCCGUGACCUGGCCAUCUCAUUCCCCAAUCUCCAGGAUGCAGCCAACUUGACGUUCCGCAACGUCAGCAAAAUUGACCUGCCUUCUCUUUCCAACGUGGCCGGGUCCAUGGGCUUCUACUCGGACAGCUUCAAGACGUUCGCUGCACCCAACCUGACUCAGACCGGCGGUACUUUGGCGAUUGUUGACAGCCCCAACUUGGCGAGCUUCUCUUUCCCUUCGCUCACCACCAUUGGCGGUGGCUUCCUGGUUGCAAACAACACGAACUUGAAGUCGAUUGAUGGCUUGCCCAAACUGCAGACUAUUGUUGGCGCUCUCGACUUUGCCGGAACUUUCAACAGUGUCGUCAUGAACAAACUCCAAGACGUUCGAGGCGGGUCCAACGUGCAGACUACCUCGACCAAUUCUACCAUCUGCGAGCUCUUCGACCAGGCUCAUGACAAUGGUGUUAUCAAGGGUGUCAAUACCUGCCUGACUAGCAAGGCCAACCCUGAAACCAACCCCUCUGCCACCAGCGGUGGUACUUCGUCCACUUCGACCAGCGGCUCGGACAGCGGUAGCAGCAGCAACGCGGCAGUUGCUUUUGGCCCUGCGGCACCCAUGACUGGUCUCAGCGCUCUGGUCGCUGCCAUGUUCUUCCUCUAA